AUGGAGUUCAUAAAAUCUGAUGAAACCCAGCGUCGGGUUCAAACCCUGCUAUCUUGUCCGUCAUCAGAAGUAAAUCCGCCAGACCCGGCGCAGUAUGAUCUCCCUGAACCCUCGUCGUCCGGAAUUCCCCUAUUUCCCGGCGAGAAUGUCACUGACUGGCUUGACCGAAUUGAGCGAUUUUUCUUUGAUAAUCGCGUCUCACCUCAUUGGAAGCUAUUUACUUCUUCCUUCUACAUGGCCGGUGAACCGUUGAGGAUCCUCUACGGAUUGACCUAUGUUUCCCAAUUAUCAACUUGGGAGGAAUUCGCGUACCAGCUGGAGCUUCGAUUCGGCAAAUACAUCCAACCUACAGAGAGGAUUAAUGUUUGGGAGGCGUCAAUUGAAGAGGUUCCAGUCACAGACCCCUCAUUUGAGGAAUGCAUCAGGUGUAAAUUAGCUUUGGAAGAUGACGAAGGAGCUAAUCCACCAGUGGAGGAAUCCGCUGAAAUUUCGGCUGAUGUGCUCCAAGUCCUCGACUCUGAGAUGAAGGAACUGGAUGAAAAUGGUAAUAUUUCUCUCCUUUCAUACAAGAAGUGCUACUUUAGAGUUUUGGUUCAUGAUUCUGAAAAAUUGAAUGGGGCUGAUAAUAAAGGAAAACAUCGGAAUUUGUUUGCUAUUGAACCAGGUGGAAUGAUAAAUUCGUGUUUUGGAAAAAUCAUUAGUAAAAGUAUGCUCUCUGUUAAUGAUGAUGUUAAUUUUUCGCUUGAGUGUGUGGGUGUUACUUGUAUGAAUUCUGAGGGUAAUGAGGUAACAGGUGAAGAAAGUGUUGUGAGUGUUGCUUUUCUGUUGUUGAAUGACGAUGAAUUGCUUAAGGUUUUGAAUGCGGGUAUUGUGAAUCAUGUGCCUGUCGAUUCUUUAAUGUCAAAUGAUUCGAAUGUUGACACUGGGAUGGUUAAAUUUGAUUCCUGUCCUGAUGAUAGUGGGAAUCUCAAGGUUGACACUCCUGCAUAUUUGAAUGAAGAAAAUGAUCAUGUGAUUUUGGAUUUAAUUGAUGGUGAAGUGACUCUAGAAUUGAGUAAUUGGAGUGUUGAUUCUUCGAGUUUAAAUGAUUCUGUCAAUGAUGCUUGUUCGAAAUUGAACCAUAACUCUUUGAAAUUAGAUGGAGUGUCUGCUGAUAAGAGUUCAUUUGAUCGUGUCAAGUGCUGGAAGUAUAUUGAGAGUCCUAUAUUUGUUAAAGUGUCAUUUAUUGAUGAUCCGGGUGGUUUACUAUUUGAUGAUGAUGCUGGUUUAACUGCGAAACUGAAUUCUUGUACUGUGAGUUGUGUGAAGAAGGUUCCUCUGUUCUCGAAUAUUAUGGGUGUUGUUUAUGGAACUAAGGGAAAAGCUGCAAUUGUUUUUAAUCAAUUGGUAGGAAAUAAUAAAGAGAGUGAUUGUGUGACUGAUGGCGAGAAGAACCGACAUUUUAACCUUGGAAUUCGACUGAACAGGUUCACUAUGGAGCCUGGUGACAGUUUUAGUGUGAACAAUUUAAUUCGAAGGAUUCCUCGUGGUUGCUUUGUAUUUGGUGCGGUGAGUUCUCGUUUCAAUGGUGCGAGACUUGGUGACGAUGAUAGAGUAACUAAGUCCUGGCCUGAAGUUUCGACUGGUUUUCAAGGUGGUACUGAUUUAAGAAGAUCGACCAUUUCUGUCGAUCUAAUCCUUGAUGACAAGAUAUUUUUAGCGUGGAGAAAAUUACCAAACAACAACUUUAAAGGUGGUACUACAAUUCUUUAUCCGUUCUACAGCAUGAAGGAGAAGUCAUUUGUCAGCCAUCUUCUCCAAUUGAUAAAAUCUGAGUUUGCGAAUGAUAAUGAAUUUAAUGACUUCAGUAACAUUGGUGAAGGCAUUGAUGUUGUUUUUAGUACUGGAACACAACUGAGCUUCUUUCUUAUUGAUCCUGGCAAUAUCAAAAGCUAUGAGAUUAAAGCCAGCAUCAGGUGUUACCGCUCUGUGCAAGAAAAUGAGGAUGAUGUCCCUGUUACCAAGUGGAAUUAUUUUAUGAACACCAUACCAGGUUUACUGGUCAAAUCUUAUAAACAACAUGGACCUGAAGUUAACUCUUCCCAAGCAGCUAAUCUGCUAAGUGCGGAAGCACCGCCUGGAUAUGUCCUCUUGACAAAGGAAGAGGGUUAG